AUGGUUGGACAAUUGGCAAUGGGAGAAGCUUCUCGAGCCGAGAAGGUCGUUGCCACGCGUCAAUCGCCUCGGGUCGCCAAUUUGCCAUCGUCUUGUGCUGCCGACUCUCACAAAGCACCAGCGAAGAAGAAACAAGCAGUGGCCACUGACCUGGCACCUAAGCCCAAUCCAUCGACAGAGAAGAGUGCCACAACCGGUGAUAGAGAGUCUUCGACUGCCGAACCCGAGCCCGAGCCACUUCAGGAGGAGGCUCCGCUGGUGAAGGAAGUCGUCACUACUGUCCAUCGAUCAGCCCGAGUCGCUGAUGAGCCUUCGCCACCUUCCUCGCCCGCAUCUACCCCAGCCGCUACUCCGCCAGCCACGGAUAUAGGUGAACCCGCUGUCGACCCUGUCCCGGCACAAGAGGACAAAAGAGAGCCUGUCAACUUCCCCAACACCCACGGUAUUCAAUUCCAUUCGUGGGCUCAAGCCAAUUCUUAUGAGCGGUUGACGGGGCGGAAGAUAGUUCCCACCAUAUAUGUUGAUGAAUUUCUGUUGAAAACUUUGGGGUUGCACGAUGAUGUGAUGCAGAUGCGAGACGUUAUGGGGUGGAGAAAGGUGAUGACAGGAAACUGA